CAACAUUUCAACAUCCCCGAUUCGAUCCGCGACGGCGCCACAGCAACACACCAUACCUAGCUCUUCCUUCCCGAACCCUCGCGCCGCCGCAUCUUCCUACACCCAAGCCCUAAACACCACCGCCCUCUCAAAUCUCUUUCCCCUCGAUCCAUGGCCGCCGCCGCCGCCGCCACCGCGCCAUCCCGCAAGACGGAGACCUACACCGACACCAAGCGCCGCGACGAUGUGCGCGGCGCCAACAUCGCCGCCGCGCGCGCCGUCGCCGACGCCGUGCGCACCUCGCUGGGCCCCCGUGGCAUGGACAAGAUGAUCUCCUCGGGCGACCAGGCGCAGGAGGUCAUCAUCACCAACGACGGCGCCACCAUCCUCUCCCGCAUGGCGCUCCUCCAGCCCGCCGCGCGCAUGCUCGCCGAGCUAUCCCGCUCGCAGGACGCCGCCGCUGGGGACGGCACCACGACCGUCGUCGUCCUCGCUGGAUCCCUCCUCCGCCGCGCCCAGUCGCUCCUCUCCGCCGGGGCCCACCCCACCGCCGCCGCCGACGCCCUCCACCGCCUCGCCACGCGCGCUGUUGAGAUCCUCCACGCCAUGGCCAUCCCCAUUGAGCUAUCCGACCGGGAGUCCCUCGUCAAGUCCGCGUCCACUGCUCUCAACUCCAAGGUCGUCUCCCAGUACUCCACCCUCCUCUCGCCCCUCGCCGUCGACGCCGCCCUCUCUGUGGUGGAUCCCGCUCACCCUGACCUUCUGGACCUCCGUGACAUCCGCAUCGUCAAGAAGCUUGGUGGCACCGUGGACGAUACUGAGCUCGUCCGUGGCCUCAUCUUUGACAAGAAGGCUAGCCAUGCUGCUGGGGGCCCAAGUCGGGUGGAGAAUGCCAAGAUCGCUGUCAUACAGUUCCAAAUCUCACCACCUAAGACUGACAUUGAGCAGAGCGUCAUUGUAUCGGACUAUGCACAGAUGGACCGCAUCCUACGUGAGGAGCGCAAUUACAUCCUCGGGAUGGUCAAGAAGAUCAAGGCAGCUGGAUGUAAUGUCUUGCUCAUUCAGAAGAGCAUCUUGCGGGAUGCGGUCACUGACUUGUCUCUGCACUAUCUUGCUAAGGCAAAGAUUCUGGUGGUGAAGGACGUGGAGAGGGAUGAGAUAGAGUUCAUCACCAAGACCCUAAACUGCCUUCCCAUUGCCAACAUUGAGCACUUCCGCACGGAUAAGCUUGGGUAUGCAGAUGUUGUUGAGGAAAUCUCUGUUGGGGAGGGCAAGGUUGUGAAGAUCACUGGUAUCAGAGACAUGGGUAGGACCGCAACUGUACUUGUCAGGGGAUCGAACCAGUUGGUUAUUGAUGAAGCUGAACGCAGUCUCCAUGACGCCCUCUGUGUCAUAAGGUGCUUGGUCAACAAGAGGUUUUUGAUUGCUGGUGGUGGUGCUCCAGAAAUAGAGAUGUCAAUGCAGCUGGCUGCUUGGGCAAAGGAACUUCGAGGGAUGGAGAGUUACUGCAUCAAGGAGUUUGCUGAGGCACUUGAGGUCAUUCCUUACACACUUGCUGAGAAUGCUGGGCUCAACCCAAUCUCCAUCGUCACUGAACUCAGGAAUCGCCAUGCCAGAGGUGAGAAGAACGCUGGCAUCAAUGUGAGGAAAGGGCAGAUCACAAACAUCCUGGAGGAGAAUGUCGUGCAGCCUUUGCUGGUGAGCACAAGUGCCAUUACGCUAGCCUGCGAGUGUGUCAGAAUGAUCUUGAAGAUUGAUGACAUUGUCACUGUUAGGUAAAGAGCGUGAAGUCGGUGGUCAUGUCAGCCUGCUCUGUUCUGUCUGGAUUGAUAUUAGUUAGGUUACUACUUAAUGUAGAACUUUAUUGCGUGUUUUUGGAUGUUUUAAACACGUGGUUUUGAUGUUAGUACGGAGAGGACAGUAAUGUACCCUAUCCUUGCAUGAAACUACCAGGGCUGCACCUGCGAUAUCCAUUUUCUUUUGAUUGGCCGUCUAUGCCUUUGUUUCCGUUGCCGCUUACAUGUAAGGCAUGCUUUUCCAUGAAAUUUUGCGCAGGUUGUGUUGUAAACUGUUAUUAGCUUUAUCAUCUUAUAUAUGUUUUUUUAAA